CAACGCAGCCCCCAGCGAAGCUCCCUGUUCGUUUCGGGGAAAAUGCAGUCGCUCGGGCACCAGGCCUGGGGGUUCAGCAUAUAUUCAACGAACGAUACAACCAGCUUGCAACAAUACCUACUGCUAGAUCCAGUUAGACUUAUCCAGCAUUACGGACUUACCUGUGCUUCACAACAAUACCUCUGCUUUAAUUUUGUGCAUCUCCGUUCCUCAACAACCCUGAAUCAAGAAUCGGCAGAUUCUGACUCAAUUGCGACGCCGCGAACACAGCUAACUUGUAAAUCAACGGCUGCACCGCGAUGGAAUCCAACGGCCAGAUGCCAAAAGACUUCGGCGGAAACAGUAUCUGGAGCACCGCCCCCCGCGUGGCCGCUAUCUCC